GAGGCUAACGAGCCGAAGACAAUAACGGAGUCGGAGCUGAAGGCUGCGCUUGCGGAGAAGGAGAAGCAAAUUGCUGGACUACAGGAUGUCUACCGCUGCGCAUUAGCAGACGCCGAAAAUGUCCGCCAACGCACCCGCAAAGAAGUCGCCGACACCAAAGAAUACGCAAUCACCAAAUUCGCAAAAGACCUCCUCUCCGUUGCUGACGUCCUCGACCUGGCCCUGAAAGCUGUGCCCCAGGAGCAACUGGAAGAGAACGCAGCCUUGAAGAAUCUCUAUACGGGAGUCGACAUGACCCGCUCAAACCUGCAGGCGACGUUCAAGCGGUUUAGCAUUGAGGUGUUCAACCCGCAGGGGGAGGUGUUUGACCCUAACUUCCAUGAGGCACUUUUCCAGGCUCCUAUCCCGGAUAAGGAGCCGAACACGGUGUUUGAGGUGGCCAAGAUCGGAUACAAGCUCGGAAACAGGUGCUUGCGGCCGGCGCAGGUUGGCGUUGUGCAGGCG